UGCAAUGAAACACAAAAGGUGGGAGAUUGGCGUAAUGGUCAAGGUGUUUACCUUGUAGACACAAGGUGAAGGGUUUGAUUCUCACAUGGGGUGACUGGCUAGGCUUAAAAUGACCCACAAGGGCAAUUAGCCUAGCACUAAUCUAUGAACCUAAAUGAGUUUAAUUAUGAUGGCAUCAUCUAGGUGCAAGAGAAAAAUAAAUGUGCAUGUUAGCAACCACACAGAAAACAGGCUAAGAAAGCUGUCAGUAGGACUGGAGUUCUAUUUUUAUAACCUCAUAUAUGUUGUUUUGGGAUUAGUGACUAGCCAACAUAAUUUCUGCUGGCUAAAACACAGAACAAACAGAAGACUGCAUAUGCUGAUUUUUCUCCCUUGAUUAGUUUUCUCCCUAUUAUUUGCCAGCUAUCAAUUUCCCAUUUUCCAGGGCUGUCAGCCAGGCAGCCAUUCAGCAAAGGGUCUUGUGGGAAACAUUUGUGAAUGUGAUGGAACUUGUAUGGAAACUUUUUUACCUUUUUUUUUUUUUUUUUUGCCUUCUCAAAAAGAGGUGUGGAAAAAGAUGCAUGCAAUCUAGUUAGACCAGUUUGCCAGAGGUUCAGCUACAAAAGCAUGCAGUUAGUUUAGCAGAAUGGAUUAUUUUAUCUUCUCAGCAUUGCUGGAAAUUGCUGAAGACUCCUUUGCUGCAUAUGUUCAUACUGUAAACUAUGCAGGAACAUGAAGACCAUGUUUGACUCUUGGUUUGCUUUUAGGCAUAGAUGAGACUGAACUCAACGUCUAGAUACUCGGAAUAACAGCCAGCACUUAGAAGAAAGUUGAGAUUACUAUACUGGAAAAGUAACUCCCUCUUUUACCAAGAGUCGUGAUGGAGCCAAAGCCUAUCCCAGCAAAUCUUGAAGUAGUCUUUUUCAUGGCUGGAGGAAACAACAUCUCUAAGCAAUGCAUUCAUUUCUUAAGAGUGCUGUGAGGCAGCAUUUGGAAAGGUGCACAUACUUUUAAUGUGAAGUGAGGGUACAUGCAUCUGCAGCACAAAUCAAGACAAAAUUCACUAUCCGUUACUCUAAAAAUUCCUCCAAAAUGUCUUGUGUUCUCAUUCUUCUUUCAAAAAACAAAUCUGGGAUUGUCUAGUAUCUAAACAAAAAAAAGAAAAGAAAACAAAUGAUAUUCAGGACAUUUUCACAUCAUAAAUGUUACCUAUAACUGAAAAUAUUUGGCAGAGGAAAAAAGCAGCAGUUUUGACUUUUCAUUGUCAAUGAAAGAUGACUGAUAUGUCCAUUUUCACUGUAGUGAUUAUGUAUAAUGCCACCAUGUGCCAUGCAUCUGUUUCCCAAUUUUAAAACAGGUCACAUUAACUAUUCUUCUACAUUCCUUUUGUUAAAGUAAGAUGCACAAACUGUGUAAUAUAACAUGACGGCUGAUGUAAAAAAGUAAGAAAUCAACGUAACCAUAAAAGAUGGAGGUUGCAAUAUCUUGUGCUGAUAACAUCAUCAACUUUCCACCACAUGGUUAUGCUCCAACACGUGCUGCUAUGAGGGAGAAAGAACGCCUUCUUCAGCAACGUGCUUCCAAUGUGGUCAAGGCACAGAAAUCAGUCCAGCACCAUAACAAAUACCAGGGCUGCGCCUGUACCAAAGGAAUCAAGAGUGAGAGCAAAAAGAUGGCACAUGCAGAUCCACAUAACUGUCAGGAAGCAGAACAGAAACUGAAGAAAAAGAAUAGAGAGAGAAAAAACAUUCAGGACAGCAGCGAGGGCACUCCGCUCUUAGAUAGUAUGCCUGCCACUUCUGGCACUGAGAUGAAAAAAGCGGGUGUGGAAGACAGAGCAAGUGAAAAAGCACAUUGUUGUAGCAUACAUGAAGAAAAUGUUUCCUUUUCUGAUUGCUCAUUAGAAGACUGUCAUAAUUUCACAUCCUGUGAAAACAAACCCUAUGAGAAAUGUUCUGGUAGAAUCACUAUUAAUGUUUCAGGUCUAAAAUUUGAGACUCAGCUUACAACAUUAAGCCAGUUCCCUGAUACUCUGCUUGGCAAUCCAAAGAAAAGAAGAAGGUAUUUUGACCCACUUAGAAAUGAAUACUUCUUUGAUAGACACAGAGCUAGCUUUGAUGGAAUUCUGUAUUACUACCAAUCUGGAGGAAAAGUAAAGAGGUCUCCUGACGUUCCAUUUGAUGUUUUUUUAGAAGAACUGGAGUUUUACGAGCUUGGGGAGGAAGUGGUGACAAAGUUUAAAGCAGAUGAAGGCUAUUUUAAAGAAAAAGAAAAACUCAUGCCGCAAAAUGAAUUCAAAUAUCAAUUAUGGCUCCUACAUGAGCAUCCAGAAAGUUCUAAGAUUGCAAAAGUGAUAGCAGUAGUUUCUAUUUUAGUUAUAGUAAUUUCUAUUGCUAUCUUUUGUUUGGAAACAGUGCCAGAUUUACGAAAUGAACAGAGUUUUGCGUCAACACCAGCAAAUGAGGCCGAGAACAUUUUAAUGACAAACCAAAAUAGUCAGUAUAUGUUUUCUAACCCAUUUUUCAUCAUUGAAAGUAUCUGCAUUGCGUGGUUUUCAUAUGAAUUUCUUGUUCGCCUUUUUGCAUGUCCUAGCAAAGUUGCCUUCUGUAAGGACAUAAUGAAUAUUAUUGAUAUCGUGUCCAUGUUACCUUAUUAUAUAACACUUUGUAUUGACAUGACCAAGGAGAAGGCUGGCCAACAGGUUAUGUCUUUUGCUUUUCUAAGGAUAAUUAGAGUGCUCAGAAUAUUUCGUAUCUUCAAGCUCUCUAGGUACUCAAAAGGUUUGCAGAUACUUGGACAGACUCUCAAAGCAAGCCUGAAAGAGCUUGGCAUGCUUAUUUUCUUCCUGUUUAUCAGUGUAAUUUUUUUCUCUAGUGCUGUUUACUUUGCUGAUAUAGAUGACCCUACAAGCCAGUUUCAAAGUAUCCCUGAUGCCUUCUGGUGGGCUAUAAUUACUAUGACUACAGUUGGGUAUGGUGAUAUGAAACCUGUGACUAUUGGUGGGAAAAUAGUGGGCAGUAUAUGUGCAAUUGCUGGAGUACUAACUAUUGCACUGCCUGUUCCUGUUAUAGUGUCAAACUUUAAUUAUUUCUACCACAGAGAAAAUGGAAAUAAAAAAGAUAAGAAAGCUGCACAAGAAGGUAGCUAGACACGUAAAUCUUUCUGUGGUUCUUCUGAAGGCUACCAGAUUUUUAUUAUUUAAACUUAUUAGUUGAUGGUAAGCGUUGUAUUUUGGAGAAUGAACCACAUAACUGGUUUAGAGAGAGAACACAAGAGACCACUGCAUUUCCAACAAUAAUUAAAAAUGGCAUAAAUUUGUUAUCAGGCAAUACCAAUGCCUUACUUACAACAAGGGGGAUUUUCACUUCAAAUAUCUGGGUUAUGCUUACAUUAUUUUAGAAUAAUUUCCAUGUGAAAUAGUCUUUAAAUGAAUAUUAACUUUAGAAAUAUGCAAAAGAAUUCAUGUUCACAGAAGUGCUGACCAGUCAAUAGCUUGUUCUAUAAACUCCAGUUUUAAACAGUGUGUAAUGAAUAGAAUAGAAAUUUGGUGUGACAUGAAUUCUAUGGAUGGAUUUAUAUGCACAUUAAAUGACACUGAAUUAAAAUAUUUCUGGAACUCCUAUGGAAAAGAAAAUAACCUAAUAACAGCAAUAUUUUAUAGAUACCUGACAAAUAUACUCAUACAGUUAGGGUUGAAUAUUUGUUGUUUAUCUUUUUAAUUAUCUUUGCACCAUGGUAUCACUCAGGUCAUUAUUUUCUUGUUUGUGUACUUACAGAUGUAUGCCAUAGCAUACAAUACAUAUAAUCAAAACCCGGCCAGUAUAUUUCUGAAAAGUACUGCUCCUAUAGUCCCCCAGAUCACAAAUCAUCUAAGUACAGGAAGGUGUACUUUAUUUAGCAUAAGAACUACACUGCUUGAUCUGCAUGUGGGAUUAGUGUAAAAUGUAAAAAAUUAGGACUGUUUUCCAUUAGUCAAAAUUCUGUUUCAUACAACACAAAAUAAAGUGUUUGUUACGAAAAGUCUCUUAUGCUUUUGCUAACCUUAGCAGUUUAUCAGGAGAUAAGAUUAGAUCUUCUUGGAGAGAAUUCUCAUUAUUUAUGGACACAAUUUAUAUUUCUGAGCCCUCAUCCUAAACAACACACAGUU